AUGUCGUGGCGAGAGCUGAUUUUGCUGGUUGGAUUCACUACACUUUUUGGUGGAACUGCCGGCGAUGACCACUCGGAUUCCUUUUGCGCUGACGUCAAUCCUCUUGUUGACGACAUUCAGAGGUACAGAAUUAUACAAUGGCAUACGGAAAUGAGGGAAGAGAUCGCAAGAGGACUGGCCCAGAAUCAUCACGGCGAACUACUACCACCAGCUAAAAAUCUUUACAUAAUGAGGUGGAACUGCUCGCUUGAAGCUUUAGCACGAGAACAAACUCACAGUUGUCAUCACUCAGUGAACACUUCUCUUCCAUAUGGUCAAAACAUCAUG